AUGUCUCGUCAAUCGAGGCGGGACGUGGCUUCCUCGCCUUUUGCGUGGACCACUAUCUUCUAUCUCCUCUUGGUCUUCAUCGCCCCAUUGGCCUUACUAGGAACAGCCCAUGCUUCAGAAGAACAAACCCCAUUACAAGAAAACUAUGGAACUGUCAUUGGUAUUGAUUUGGGAACUACCUACUCUUGCGUCGGUGUGAUGCAGAAUGGCAAGGUUGAAAUUCUCGUAAACGACCAGGGUAACCGAAUUACUCCAUCAUACGUGGCCUUUAACGACGAGGAGCGACUUGUUGGAGAUGCCGCAAAGAAUCAAUAUGCCUCUAACCCCAGACGAACUAUCUUCGAUAUCAAACGUCUCAUUGGUCGCAAGUUCGAGGACAAAGACGCUCAAAAUGAUAUCAAGCAUUUCCCCUUCAAGGUUGUGAACAAGGAUGGAAAGCCUCAGGUUCGUGUUGAUGUCAAUGGAACACCAAAGAACUUCACUCCAGAAGAGGUGUCUGCCAUGGUUUUGGGUAAAAUGAAGGAAAUUGCCGAGGGAUACCUAGGCAAACCAGUCACCAGCGCUGUCGUUACUGUCCCUGCCUACUUCAAUGAUAACCAAAGACAAGCCACCAAGGAUGCCGGAACUAUUGCCGGUUUGAAUGUCCUUCGUGUUGUCAAUGAGCCUACCGCCGCCGCUAUUGCCUACGGUCUUGAUAAGACCGGUGACGAACGUCAAAUCAUUGUGUACGAUCUUGGUGGUGGUACCUUUGAUGUGUCUGUUCUUUCCAUUGAUAAUGGUGCUUUCGAAGUCUUGGCUACGGCUGGUGAUACGCAUUUGGGUGGUGAAGAUUUUGACCAGAGAGUCAUUACUCACCUCGCUAAGCAAUACAACAAGAAAAAAUCUGUCGACAUCACCAAAGAUCUGAAGACUAUGGGUAAAUUGAAGCGCGAAGUCGAGAAAGCCAAACGUGCCCUCUCAUCGCAAAUGUCUACUCGCAUUGAAAUCGAAGCUUUCCAUGAAGGAAAUGAUUACUCUGAGACUUUGACCAGAGCUAAGUUUGAGGAGCUCAACAUGGAUCUCUUCAAGAAGACCCUCCGCACCGUUGAGCAGGUGCUCAAGGAUGCCAAAGUCAAGAAGUCCGACAUUCACGAUAUCGUCCUUGUUGGUGGAUCCACCCGUAUCCCUAAAGUUCAGCAACUUCUUGAGGAGUUCUUCGGUGGAAAGAAGGCAAGCAAGGGUAUUAACCCUGAUGAAGCUGUUGCAUUCGGUGCCGCUGUUCAAGGUGGCGUUCUUUCCGGUGAUGAAGGCGCCAAAGACGUCGUUCUCAUGGAUGUCAACCCCUUGACUCUUGGUAUUGAGACUACUGGCGGUGUUAUGACCAAGUUGAUCCCUCGUAACACGGUUAUCCCAACCCGCAAGUCUCAGAUUUUUUCAACCGCGGCCGAUAACCAGCCCGUCGUACUCAUUCAAGUUUUUGAGGGAGAACGGUCGAUGACCAAGGAUAACAACUUGUUGGGCAAGUUUGAGCUCACCGGGAUCCCACCAGCCCCGCGUGGCGUCCCACAGAUUGAGGUUUCUUUCGAACUUGAUGCCAACGGUAUCUUGAAAGUAACUGCUGGUGACAAAGGAACUGGCAAGGCUGAAUCCAUCACCAUCACCAACGACAAAGGCCGGUUGUCUCAGGAAGAAAUUGACCGCAUGGUUGAAGAAGCAGCUAAGUUCGCCGAUGAGGACAAGGCUAUGAAGGCAAAGAUUGAGGCCCGUAAUGGCCUUGAGAACUACGCUUUCAGCUUGAAGAACCAGGUCAACGACAAAGAAGGUCUUGGCGGAAAGAUUGAUGAUGAUGACAAAGAAACUAUCCUCGAAGCUGUCAAAGAAGCCACCGAAUGGCUUGAUGAGAACGGCGCCACGGCCACUGCUGAAGACUUUGAAGAACAAAAGGAGAAACUGUCUGGUGUGGCUUAUCCUAUUACCAGCAAGCUCUACGGUGCUGGUGGCGAUGCACCUGGUGGUGAAGACGAUGAACCUUCUGGUCACGAUGAAUUGUAA